AUGGAGGCCCAUUCACUCGCCUCCCUAAAUCUGCUGGCGGCGAAUCCGCCGCAAUACCCCGAAAAUCCGUCAGAGACAAGACAAGAGCCCUUGGUGCUCUACAUAUCUAGAGUCCCCGGCACUAGAGAUGUGAUUCUUUCACCCUUCAAACCUCAGCUCAAGAACGUCACAGGCGGAGAUGUCUCCAGCAGUCUCUACUAUGUUCAUCUCGAGCUCCCAAUGCUGGACAUCACCGGCCCUCAGCCAUUGAGAGAUGAAGCGCAAGGUAGAUCCAGCGAAGAUAGCUCCGUGGCGAGGACGAUUGCUCGGAAGCCAGUGCCAGGCUCCAUUUCAUCCCAGACUCCCAAUAUUUCGAUACAAGGUGAUCAACCCCAGAUGGCAUAUGGAAACCCGACUCUGCGACCGCCAAGUGAUCUUAGUGUGCCCAACUCGCAAGAUGCCAACUACGCACCCCCUCUGCCUCCUAGACGUUUCGAAGAUUCGGGCUUGGGACUCUCAGAAAGCUCCUUUGAGUCAAAUGCACGAGACGGGCCACAGCAAUUACGCUCAUCUGCCUCUAGGCGGAAGCCCGUCGGCCCAAGGCAGCUGAGCGAUAUACCGCAGAGUCGAGUCUCCAUGGAUGAAGCGGCGCGCUCUAGAGAUCAAACUAGAGACAGAACUGCUACCAUGGGGCAUACUAGGCAAAGCCGUUCCCUGUCUCCAAUGAAGAGCAUCGAAUAUUCUACGCCGCCAUUUACCUUGAGCCUAAUUAGGCGGGACCCAGGAACAGGAGAUCAGUGGAACGUGGGCAAGAUUUCGUCGUACGAGGUGAAUACAUUGGCUAGAGAAGCUGGGCAGUCUACCACAUAUCUUUCUGCGUCGUCAGAACAACGAUCUCCUCAACAUCCACCAAUCGACAUUCACAUCGAGAGUGCGGGAUACGCCAAGUUCCGCGGGCGGCCGUCAAGCGCCAUUCCUCCUAGGAGGAGCAUGGAUGCUGACCGACCCUUUAUGGAUAUGGCACCAGGCACACGAGCAGAUGGCAUGUUCUCCAGACAGGUGUCCAUGUCAUACUCUCGAAGCUUUGGCUCUGCCAUACGAUCCAAGUUUCACCAGAUAGAACAAGCAGCUCGGAAGAAGGCGCACAAUCGAAGCGAGAGCGAAGCAUCAGCCAAUUCGUUUAGCUCCGGAGAGUACAAGUCCGGAUCACCGACGUCUUCACGCCCUGACAAGAUGAAGCCGCGAGGAUACACUUUUACAAGCCCUUGGGGUGGUAGAUGCGAGUUUCGCACGGGCAACGGCGGCCGGAGCUUGCUGUGCCACCACUUCUUGCACGAGGGCGAGGUGGGAGCUUAUAAUCCAUUGGUUCCCGAGGCCAGCCCGUCCAGGUCGGCCUCCACUGUUGUCAGUGAGUUGCGCUUCAACCUUCCGGGCUCUGACUUGUUCCCCUCUGGAGAAGUGGCCAAGGGUGACGAUCGCCGCCUUGGCCACUUCAGCAAGUUCAUCAAGUCGGCCAUGGAACGCUAUGAAGAUAGAGAUGAGGAUGAUGUAAUAUCACCAUUUGACGUAAACAUAGGCGGCGAGAGGGCAGGAGGAGGCAACCGCGGCAAGCGGGCCAAGCUCGGGAAGCUCAUCAUAUACCACGACGGGCUGAAGAUGCUCGAUCUGCUGGUGGCGGCCAACAUGGGGCUGUGGUGGGGGACAUGGGAGAAGAGCUUCUGA